UCUGAGUCGGUGACACAUGAAGGAUGAAGACUGACUAACCAACCUCAAUACUGAGAGAGAGUGAGAGAGAGAGAGAGAGAGAGAGAGAGAGAGAGGGAAAGAGAGCAGUUGGGAGGAAUGGAGUUAUGAUUAAAAAUUUCACUCAGUUUUACAAGUGUCGCUACUAACGAACAAAAAUGCAUCAGCCCUGGGUCUGGAUCACGCUCUACCUGCUCUGCACAAGUGUAGUUUAUGGUGGGAAAGUGCUUGUUUAUCCAGUGGACGGGAGCCACUGGGUGAACAUGAAGGUCAUUAUUGAGGAACUACAUUCAAGGGGCCACGAGGUCUCUGUUGUGCGAACGUCAGACAGCUGGUACAUCAAGGAAACCUCCCCAUUCUAUACUUCAAUUACAAUUGAUAUUGAGUCUGGAUUUGAUGAAGACUUUAUAAUUACAUUUAUGACCCAGUUGUUUAAAAUCCAGAGGGAGGGAAAGUCUGCCUGGACACGUUUUAAACUGGAAAUGGAAUCAGGACAAGCGGCCUCUGAGAUUCAUGAGAAAACAUGCAAAAUGCUUGAGCUGCUUUUUGAAGACAAAGAUCUGAUACGGUCUCUACAGGAUGCAAAAUAUGACCUUUUCCUGACGGACCCCAUUACACCAGGGGGUGUUAUACUUGCCCACUACUUAAGGUUACCACUUGUUUUCAAUGUCAGAUGGACUAGUCAUGGUGAAGGCCAUUUUUCAAUUGCGCCCUCUCCUCUCUCUUAUGUUCCACUGACAGGGACUGAACUUUCAGAUAAAAUGACUUUUCUUGAGAGACUUACUAACAUGAUCGUAUUUGGCUUCACAAAAUAUCAAAUUGCACAUUAUAUCACGCCACAUUAUGUUGGCUUUGUUAAAAAAUAUUUAGGUCCAGAUGUAGACUACAUCUCCCUCUUCCAGGCAGCAGACCUGUGGCUCAUGAGAGUGGACUUUGUGUUUGAGUUUCCUCGUCCCACCAUGCCUAAUGUUAUCUAUAUGGGAGGGUUCCAGUGUAAACCUGCAAAACCUCUGCCUCAACACUUGGAGGAGUUUGUCCAGAGUUCAGGGGAACAUGGAGUCAUCAUUAUGUCUCUGGGGACUUUAAUUGCAGAGCUUCCCCAUGACUUAGCUGAUGAGAUAGCUGCAGCUUUUGCCAAGUUACCCCAGAAAGUCAUCUGGAGGUAUAAAGGUGACAGACCAGCCACUCUGGGCAACAACACUCGACUAGUUGACUGGAUGCCACAGAGUGACCUUUUAGGACAUCCUAAGAUGAAACUAUUUGUAAGUCAUGGAGGAACAAACAGCGUUCAAGAAGCAAUCUACCAUGGAGUUCCUAUACUAGGGCUUCCAUUGAUUUUUGAUCAACGUGAUAAUCUAUUAAGAAUUGAAAUAAGAGGAGCAGGAAAGAUAAUUGAUAUUUUUACUAUGAAUCACGACAUCUUUCUCCAGGGUAUUCAGGAAGUCCUGAAUGACCCCUCCUACAGGAUGAACAUGCAGAGACUCUCCAGGCUGCACAGAGAUCAGCCAAUGAAGCCGCUGGAUAGAGCCCUCUUCUGGAUAGAGUUUGUCAUGAGACAUAAAGGAGCAGCUCACCUGAGAACAGAGUCCUACAAACUGCCCUGGUAUUCCUACCACUCUGUAGAUGUGAUGCUCUUCUUAGUUGGAGUUGUGCUGAUUAUUCUUGGUACUUUUGCUGCUUUUAUAAAGUGUUUAUGUUCCAAGCUGUGUCUGAGAACAAAAAGUAAAUGUGAUUAACAAAAAAAAUCUAAGUAGUGUUAAACUGUAGAUAAUCUAAACUACAAAUUCGCGACCAUAUGAUAGUUAUUUGAACUGUGAUUAUAGGGAUAACAGAAAUACACCUCCAGUGAGCUGCAAAAACAUAGUUUGAUUCUCCUAAAAAAAGAAAGUGCUCAUUGAGUGCUUUAUAAUUCUUGUUUUAUUGACAGUGAACAACAAAUAUGUUUAAAACUGAUUAUAUUUGACUCACUAUAUUCUUACACUAUUGUCAUUUCACAGAACCAGUGCUCUGGAUAAACAAACUGUAAUAGUCUUAACAGCAAGAUCCAUCCUAGACAUCCUAGAAUGUGACCCAAGUUUGAAUCAUUUGUCAUCCUCUGGACCUCGUUUUUGCUUCAAAAGAGUCAAAAAUGUCAGAGAUACUGUUGUCAGUUCUUUGUAAAAGGAACCUGCACAAACUAAUUGUGGAAAAAUAAUGUGGAAAAUGUGCACACUGUUCAAACACAUUUGAUACCAAGACAUUUAAUCACCCUCAUUUUGGAAAGAAAUAUGAUAUAAAAGAAAUCAUUAACUGUCUCUCUACACAUGUCAUUUACAUCUUGAAAUGCCCAUGUGGCUUAAUGUACGAAGGCCAAACAAAGUGCCAUCUCAAACUGAGAGUUGCUGAGCAUAAGGUUGCCAUUAGAAAUGGAAAUAUGGAUUAUGCCAUUGCGAGACACUACAAGGAGAAAAACCAUCAGUCGGCUACUUCCUUCAAACUUAGUCCAAGAGGUGGUAAUUUGAUUAACAAGCUCUUAAGAAGGGAGGCAUUUUGGAUUUAUGAACUGAAUACUAUUGAACCUUAUGGACUUAAUGAAACACUGGAUUUGAGUUUUUAUCUGUGAUAUGUAAAUAUUAACUUGUAUCUCUCUCCACAGGCUAUUUGGACUCUUAGGGAAAGAUGAACCACUAGUUCCCCUGGUAUUCACCAUUCCCAUUUAGUGGUUUAGAGGGACAGCUGUAGGAUUGAUAGUCUAUUCUGCUAAGGAAAUUUAGCUCAUCCUAUUCAGUCAGUUGUUGACGGGUGAUAGUCUUUCUAAUGAAGUUUAAAUUAUGUAAAAUGGUGUAAUUCUUGUAACUCUGUGUAAUAUUAAUCAUGUCAUGUUUUUUGAAAUACGUUUUUUUAUUGUCAUGCCCUUUUUUAAAAUGCUCACUUUGAAAAAAUGUAGACUGUGAUAAUUAGUCAUGUGACUCAGAUGUAUUUAUCACACCUGUGAGUACUCAUGCAAUUGUGAUGAGCAAACCUGAAAAAGCUACAGGCAAAACCUGUUGUUUGCUCCUAAUAAAGUCACAGUCAAGUCGU